AUUUUAAGCAUUUUAUUUUUUUAUAUUUUGAACACAAAUAUUAAUAAAAAAAAAAUAAAGCUUGCUUGUGAAAUAUUAAUUUCAAGAACAUUUAAUCUUAUUGAGUUUAAUACAAAAAUAAUUUGUUUAUAAUAAAAUAAUGAAUUAUAAAAAUAUAUUAUACAGUUCACUAUAUAAUAAAUUAAAUCUAUUUCAUACAUAAAUAUUUUCAUAAAAUAUUUUCGAAAAUAUUUUUUAAAAAUUUAUUUCAGAAAACGAAAUUCUAUUUGGCGCUCAUUAAAACGCAUGCGUAGAUUACUACAAUAUGGCGACGAUCAUUGCCCCGAUUUCAUUUAGUAGUAACAAAGAAAAAGAGAGAAAAAGAGAAAGAUAGAAAAUCUGAUUUUCUAAAGAUGUCAGCACGAUAGCUCUUAUUUCGCGCUGGUAGCAGUGGAGGUGAAGGCGAUCGGUGGUGGUUGAGUUCGCGAGUGGUGCAGUGUGUACGAUAGAGAGCGAAGGUGUACCUGCGUCUGAAGAGUUGUGCUGACACGUUUUCGUCUCCCGUGCGGCGGGGGCUGCCCUUCGCAAGAAUCCGCGUCACGCAUGGCACCGCUCCGUGCCUGAGACGCCUUUUUCUCGGAGACAGAGAGAGCAAGAUCGUGCGCGGCCGGGGCCCAGCCUCUUCGCGUGCUUCGUCUCGUUUUGCCGUUUUCGAGCGCCGGAGAGACCGAGUCGCGAACGAGCCGACAGAAUGACCAGCCAAGAGACGUGCGAGCAAGGGAUUAGUAAUGUAGAAACUGAAUAUCUUGAGAUCAAUUCGAAAGGAGCCUGGGCAAUUCUCUAUCAGCAUAUACGUAAUGAAUGCAGCAAUUUUACAUACACAUGCAAUGAAUCAAAGAAGCCACAAAACAAAAAUUUGAAUCGUUACAGAGAUGUUUUACCAUAUGAUCAUAGUAGAAUUGUUCUUAAAAAAGGCCCAUGUGAUUACAUCAAUGCUAAUCUCAUACAGGUAGAUCAUGCCCGUAGACAAUAUAUUCUUACACAAGGACCAUUGGAAAAUACUGCUGGUCAUUUCUGGUUAAUGAUAUGGGAGCAAAAUUCUAAAGCUGUGUUAAUGUUAAAUAAAAUAAUCGAAAAGAAUCAUGUUAAGUGUUAUCAGUAUUGGCCUCUUGGCGAAUCCGUGAUUAAUACAAUGAUAUUUCCGGAUGUUGGUAUGAAAAUAAAAUAUAUCAGUAAAACGGAAUCAUCGGAUUAUACGACUAGAAUAUUAAAGUUAACUGAUUUGGAAACAAAAGAAAGUAGAGAAAUAUUACAUUUUCACUAUACCACUUGGCCAGAUUUUGGUGUUCCACAAAGUCCUACAGCUUUUUUAAAUUUUUUAACAGAUGUUAGGCAAUCAGGAACAUUAGAUCAAAAUGUUGGCCCUCCUGUGGUACAUUGUUCUGCAGGAAUUGGAAGAUCAGGAACAUUUUGUUUAGUUGAUACCUGCCUUGUUUUGAUUGAAGAAAAUGGAUUGAAUUCAGUGAAUAUUAGAGAUAUAUUAAUAGAAAUGAGACGAUCUAGAAUGGGUUUAAUUCAAACACCAGAUCAAUUAAGAUUUUCAUAUGCUGCUAUCAUUGAAGGAGCAAAACAAUUGCCAUCCAAUAACGUGAAUAUUAAUAAUGAAAUAGUGUCAAAUCAUUAUGAUGUGGUAAGUAAUAUUAGUAAUUCUUCAAAUGAAGAGGAAGAUGAACCACCUCCUUUGCCACCUCCAAGAGGCGAAUCCUUAACACGUAGCAUGAUGGCAGAUUUAACUUCGAGCACAAUAUCAAGAAAUGAUGAAUUAACUGGACCACCUGAUAAACCAUUGCCUAGAGAACCAUCAAUUCAAACAGAGACAUCCAUUACAUCCAGUUUACAAACUGGUGUAAACUCUACAGUAAUCACAAACAAUGUACACGAACAAAAUUCUGACGGUGUUGUAGUGCCUAAUGAUAAUGCCAGUGACGGUGAAAACUCUAUACAAACAAUUAGUCCUCCGUCCAGUCCAGAUAUGAAAAACGAAGUACGUCAUCGUAAUAAAGAGAAGAAAGAACGCUUGGCAGCACAAGUACGAGAGAUGAAACGUCGUCAAAAAGAGACUGAAGAAUGGCAGAAGCUCAAGAGGUCAUUAUUUAAACCUCUUACAAUAGGCAUAGGCGCUGCAAUUGUUGGUGGGGGUAUUAUAGCAAUAUGUGGCUAUUUGUACAUGCGUGGUUAGGAUACAAUUGUUUUUCUGUCACACAUGUAUAUGGACAAUCGAGAUGUCAGUGAUAUUAGGUGAUUCGCACAUUCAAGAAUAGUUACUUUCACCAUGAAAUAUUUAAAAGCUCUAUUGCACAUGUCAUUAAUUGCCGUUUUGAAAAAAUAAUUAAUCAGGGAGAAGCAUUUAGUGUUAUAUAAUUUGAAAUAAGAACAGACGCAAUCGUUGUGAGGCGUUGUAUCAGUAAGGAAUUAUUAAUUAAUUCAACAAAAUGAGAAACACAUACCAAUUAUCAAAGAAACGUUAAAGAGAAGUAACUUAUUCUAAUGAAGUGCAUUUUAUAAAAGACAUUGUUGCACGAUAAACAAGUGAAAGGAAAGAAGAAAAAAAGAUCAGAAAGUUAUCGAUAAAUGGAAACGAAAGAAAAGGAAAAAACCUUCGAUUUGUAUUUUUAUAUUGUGAUUCACUCAAUGAGUAUGUAUAACAUACUAGAAGGUAUACAUUCUUUGAAAAAUCAUUUCGUUAGGUUUUGAAAGCUGCAUUUCACACAUAGAUCUUUCCGUAUUCGUGUUUCCGGUAUUAGAAAUGGAAUAAGAAAUAUAUUGAGUUAGAUUUUUACUUCGUGACUAUUUUCUGCCUCAAAUAGGAAUAAAGAGUAUCUUUUUAAUUGUUUGAUAACUCUGAUAAUAAUUAAAUGUGUAUCCUAUGUCCUAUGAAUUAGGAAGGAAGAAAAACACGUGUAAAGAUCUAAAACAAGUAAAUGUAUUCUUAUUCGCAUAUUGUAAUAAUUGUAGAUUCACGUAAAAUAGAUAGAUUAUACACGAAAUGGGUGCAUGAUGUUCCAAUAAGUAAAAUCGAUUAUUUACUUUUUAAAAGUAAUAAUUAAUAUAGAGGCAAUCAAAAGUAUUAAUUUCCUCUUUUUUAUUUCUUACAAUUUUUAAAUAAAUUUAGAUUUCUUUAAUUUAAUUAAUUUUAUUACGAUCAAUUUUAACAAUUAGAGUUUAAAGAAACGAAUUUUCAAUUAUUAACCUUCUAUAUAAAUUAGAGUCAUAUUAAUAGCAAUUUAUCCAGAGUAUCAAAAUUAUUCGUUUAAAAUUUAUAAGUACCCAAUCAUCUUGCUAGAAAUCUAAUUAUAUCAUAAUAGUCGUAGAGAAAUAUUAACGAACUUUGCAAUUAUAAUAUACCAUGUAAAUGUUUUUUUUUAUGAAUAACUUAUCCAUUAAAGUAAAGUCCAUUCAUCUAUAAAAUAUUCAUGACAAAAAGUGAAGUCAUGUUAAAAAUUAGCAUAAACGAUACCUAUGAAAUAUCAUGAUCCAUUCUUACAUGGCAGUUCAAUGUUUAUUUAGAGUCAUCGAUUUCGUUCGAAACUUAUUUCUGGGAUUAUAAGUGAAAAAAAAGAUAAACUUUCUUGACUUUCUCUUUUUCUUGAAGAAACGCGUCAUUGAGAUAUUUCGUUUAACAUGGCAAAUUGUGCCUUCGAGUUAUUGUGUGUAUUUCGUAAAAAAAAUAAUUCACGCAAUUGCGUAAAAUGUUCGUAAUCGUUUGUAACACGAAUCAUUUUGUACUUGAAGUAGUCGAGGAAAUUUUUUACAGUAAAAACACACGUCUGGUAUACGGAAAAUCGACAAUUAAUAAAUUUCGUGUGAUACCGAAAUAAUUAGCAGCGACGUAAGAAUAUUUCGACUAACGAAACUUGCUACGGUGCUUAUCACGUGCUAUUUUGAAUAUUUUUUGUGUUUUUCAUUUCAUGUGAUGAAACUAUCAACAUAGUGGGUGCCAAAUAAUGAAAAGCCAACAAAAAUUUUGUACAUAGAAAUAUCUGAUAUUCUUAUGAAUCAGUUUUCGAUAUCGAUACACUUAAUAUGUAUACAUCAGUGUAAGGUAUCAAAAUAAUAUCUGAUACUUGAUCGAUUAAUUUUAAAAAUUAAUCAUUUAUUCGAAGAGAUUUUUAUGUAUAUAUUCGAAGUAAAAAAAAAAAAAAAAAAAUUAACGAUUCCAUUGGUUUAAUUAAAAAAAUUUUGAUUGUAAAAAAAUUGAUACUUUCUAUUAUAUCAUCGAAACUAUAAUAUCAAAAACUGAUUCGAUCGGAAUAUAUUCGAAAUAACGAGCCGUAUCAUGGUUGCGUUAGUGAAUUUUAUUUAUACACUUUUAACCCCUUAUUGAAACGUUUCUCUCGCAUUUUAUUCAUAUCGAGUAUUUGAAUCUUAAAAUAUUUAAACUUUAAUAAUUUUACUUAAAAAAGAAAAAAAAAAGAAAAAAAAGAAAGAAAGAAGAAGAAACAGGGGGUUAAAAGAAACGCAUCUUUCUAAAACACGAAUUCUAACUGAUUUGCUCAAUGAUGAACCGUUUAAAGUACAUUGAGCGUCGCGGAAAGACUGAGUACGUCUAAUUGCUUCUAAGUGGAGAGGAAGUUUUUAAAAAAAAAUGAAAAAAAAAAAAGAAAUGAAAACGAAGAAAUGAGUACGAAACAUGUUUAGAAAAAAAAAAAAAUCGUACUCUUAAACUGAGCUUCUAUAUAAAUGGUCACGAUCAUUCUUCUUCAACUGCAGAAGAGUUACAGGAUCGUGUUCUAAGAUUUAAAAAAAAAAAAAAAACAAAAAAAACAAAAAAAAAACAAAAAAAAAGGGGGAAAGAAGCUGAAACAAGAGGCAAAGGUGUAAAUUAAUUGCUCGCGAUUCAUCCUCUUUCCCAGAAAGAAAGCACGCGUGAACAAACGUAUUUUGUACUUUUGUAUUACGUCAGUAACCGUAAGAUGUUUGGAAUACGAUCCCUGUGCGAAAAAAAAAAUUAUUUUCAAAUACGCGUUUACAUUCACCGUUUAUGCGUUUAAGUGUUCGUUAACGAUAAAAUACAUCGAACAUAUAGUCUUAUAUUAUCUGUAGAGAUGUCAUCAUGUUCCAUUUGAAGCAAUGUUAAAAAAAAGAAAGAAAAAAAAAAACAUGUUCAAAGUUGAAUACAGUAUUCUGUCGUCGGUAUAGUUCAUCUAUGUGUAUGCACCAUUGUAUAUCUUGUUACCUGAUUUUCGUCUAGAGUAUAUUCGUACGUUUAUAUUACCGUUAGGGAGAUGUGUAAACCCAGACGCGUUUUCUUUCUUCUCUUUAAUGAUAUUUAAAACACGCUCGAACGACAUAGCCUUCGUAGGGUACGAGAAUGGUGCGAAAACAGCUUUCUCAAAGCAAGGAGAACGGCACGUGUGUCAGCCUUUGUUUAAAACGAUUACGAUCGGACGUGAGAUAUGGUAAUAAUGUUCCUAGAGGAAUGACAAAUUUCAAUGUUUUUUUUUUUUUUUAUUUAUUUUUCAGAAACACGGCGAACGCGAAUCGUUAAAGUCACGGUGAAAGUGCUCGAUUCUUGUAAUUAAAACUGUUUAAAGCUUCUAAGUGUUGGUCAAAUGUAUACUUUUUUCGGAAGGUAGUUUUCGGAUCACCGUUAUAAAAAAUAAUAACAAAAAAUUUUACUGUGUUGGUUUUUAAAUAGGAAUAUUGCUUUCUAUAGAUUUCUCUGUAAUUUUUUGUCCAAUAAAUAUUGAAAUAUUCGAGAUAUACGCGGUAAUUAAAAAUGUUAAUAACUCGAAUUUCAAUAUAAUUUAAAUAAAUAAAAUGAGAGAAAACAUGAGGAAGCUUGUAACAGUUACAAUCGACGAUCGAAAAGUGAAAUUCAUUUGAAGCUAAUUCAAUGUAUUUCGUCGUUAAUCUCUUGCCUUAAAAUGACUCGAAUGCAAAUUUUACGAAUGUCACUUAUCGCCAAAUUUAUGAUAAUUAUCUAAAAUUAUUAAUAAUUUUAAUAUCUGUAUUCUUUCGCCAUUUUUUUUUUUUUAUUUUUGAUCGACUUCUCGUGUUAAAUUAAUAAGGCAAGAAAUCGACGAUUAACCGCGUUUCGCGCGUUCGUUCAGAAAUUUCAUCGAAUCAUAAUCGUUGUACGUAAGAUCAUCGAAGAAGAAGAAGAAAAAAAAAGCUAGGCUAACGUUCGUCUGAUUCCCUUGUUCUGGUUAAUCGUGGAAAGCUUAUCGAAAAAAAAAUUCUCGAAGAGCGUGUGAGAGUGUGAGAGCGUAUGUGUGAGAGAAACGAGGAACGGGAAAGAAACGUAUUCUCGAGAAACUAAAAUCCACGAAAGACACGGUGCUAAUUAAAGUUCCAAAAAGAAAAGGAAAAAGAAAGAGAAAUGGAAGAAGAAAGGGGGGAAAAAAGGAAAGGAAAGAAAAAAGGAGGAAGUAUUAACACGCCUUGGCGCGAAUACUUGGUGCAUGAGAGAGCGAGCAUGAAAUAUGAAUAUCGGGUAUGAAGGGAUACGAGAGUGAAAAAGAUGAAAUAUUACGAGCGACCGUCGUGAGAUUUCAUACGGACGUACAUUUAUCCUUACAUUUCGCCUCUAGAAAAAAAUAUAAUAUAACGAGAGAGAGAAAGAGAGAGAAAUGAGGUGUUUGAAAAAGAUAUUUCGUCGAUCAUCGAGAAAAAAGUAUAUUACAUAAGAAUCGGAUGAUCAAAUUCGAAGAAGAAGAAGAAUUUGAAAGGAGACGAGAGAAAGAAAAUGUAGAAAACGAAGAGGGGGAGUAUUUCUCGUGAAUUGCAAAAGUUUCAGUUUUUCUCCAUCCAUGAUAAAUGAUAAAUCUCUCCAUCGUAUACAAUAGACAUAAAUGUUACGACGCUAAAAGGAAUCGCAGAAACAUAGCCAAGUGCCUAUUCGAGUACGAAAGGGAAGAAAAAGGAGCCAAUAGCGAGAAUACGAUCAGUAGUAGCAUUUGAUAUUUACGACUUACUGUUACGCAUACCCCUCGCCUUUCUGGAACAGCGCAGAUAUCGCAGCAAAUGAAUCCUUUAUUAUCCGACAAUAUGCAUAUACUUAAACAUUAUUAUAUAUAUAGAUAUAUAUAUAUAUAUAAAACAUGUAUGUACAUUUAGAAAUAGAUAGCCGUUCUAGUAAAUCUAUUGUCAUUAACGACUGUUGAACAAUCGAGCCACGAGAUUUUAAAAUUAAUCUCGAUAGAAGAGAUUAUAAAUAUUAAAUUAUUUAUCUCCCUAGCAGUAUUUAAAGAAGAAGAAUUUUUUCCUUUCGAUCCUUAGUAUAUUGAAUUUGGGUUGCGCUCAGGGACUCGAAAGCAAAUAUAUACGUUUCUAUAUUCACGACUCGUCCAUAACAUUCGUAGUAACAACAAAAAUUGGUAUCGAUAUAUUUAUAUUUCUCACAAAUAUCAAUACGAUUUCAUGUAAAUACACCGUAUAUUCGUACGAACUUACGGAAAGAAAUAAGAAUAUCGACAGUCUGGAAAACGUUAAAACAAUGGGCGUGAGUCGGAAUAAUAAUAAUAAUGAUAAUAAUAAUAAGGAAAUUUAUAUUUUAAAUAAAUAACGUUUAUAGAAUGUUACUUACUUAAAAGUAUUUUUGUCAAGUUUUACGAGAACAUUGUUAUAGCAAGAUGUACGAUAUAAACUAAUACAAUAACUAAAACGAAACACCAAGAGUCUCUUAAUGAAAAAGUGUUGAUCGACGUACCCUGGUAUACUAAGGAUUAAGGAAUUACGUAGAAAGUUAUAUAGAAUAGAAAAAGAAUUUUUUUUAUAUUAUAUAUAUAUAUAUAUUUAGUGUUUAUAAUAUAAAAUCACCCAAUGUAAUUGAACAACAGAAAGAGAAAAACUAUCCUUGUAGCUCGAUCAAAUCUGUUUAACAGUCAAAUUAUUUAAAACUAAGAAUCAAAUUGUGAGAAAUGAAGCAAACGAACGAACGAACUAAUUAAAAAAAAAAAAAAACGAGAAUCAGGAAAAUAAGAACGAAUAUUAAGAAUUAAAUAACGAUAUUAAUUUAUCCUCAAAAAAAAAAAAAAAAAAAAACGAAAACGGGCAAUGGUAAAAAGUUACUUCUCCCUGAAGUCAAAGUGCAUCUUUGCAUAUCGACUUCAAUACAGUUAACUAUAUUUACAAUGUACCAUGGUAGAAGAUGUAUCGAGACGUGGUGUUUCUAAGUGUAAAGUUAAGAUAAAAACACACGUGACAAGUGGAAACGUAACACUUGGUUAGAAUUAGAGAGGAAAGAUAAUAGAAGAGAAGGGUCAAAAGAAGUGAAAUGAAAGAACGUAUUGUUGCUGAUUAUACAAAAAAAAAAAAAGAUAAAAAAGAUUUUCAGAUCAAUUGGCCAUUGGAAAGAGGACGAAAAUGAAAAAAAUAUAUUUGAACGUCACUUCGCUUCUUUGCACGACCCGAUUAGAGAACAUUAAAGAUCAAAAAAAAGAAAAAAAACAGUUGAUUAGCAUGAGAGAAAACGGCUUGCAUGCAAUAAAAUGUUAUUCAUUCGCGACGAGAAAAAAAAGAAACAAGAGCAGGAAAAUAUCGAUAUGCGCAGUGCCCUCGCGACGCAUAUUUCUUCUUUUUUUUUUUUAUUCCCAAAUGUAGAAAAAGCUAAAUAAGAACAACUCGUAGACGAGGUUCCCCGAUUUACAUAUUUAGAUCGAUCAAUACAGGAAAGGAUUUUUUCGUA